GGCGAGGGACGCAGGGACCCUGCGCCAGUUAUCCACGUGGAAUCCAACACUAUACAACAAUGCCAAGAGCAAAAGAAGGAAAAGGAAAAACUAAAGAGGCACCUCUGCGUAUCAUUCCUAUUCUCCAAAAGUUCCUGAAAACGUACGAGAGGCACUGUGCACAGUCUCAGACAUCUGUGUGCCCAACCAUCAGAAGGGAUCUGAAAGCCAGCAUUGAUGGUGAGCAGAUUCUCAGGAAGUUUAUACUUAUAAGACCUAAUGACUCCUCACCAAACUUGCUACCAGUUUCCUUGGAACCCUUGCUCAUGGCAAUUCGAGAUGAGUGUUACACACUGGGGAAAGAGCUCUGCAUCUGGGGCCUUCAGCUGAACAACCCAGAGGUUGCCAGACUUGCUCUGCUUCUGGAAUUGAAGGGGCCUACCAAUUACCCACUGACCACUCUAGAAAUCAUUGAUUGCAAAAUGGAUCUGUGGUCUCUAGGGCGACUUGGAAAGGCUCUGCAAUUCAGUAGUCUGCACUCUCUUGUCCUCGAUUACUGCAAAUUUGGAAAUGAGGAAAUUGAGAGUAUUUUCUCAGGCCUGGAGAACAACCACAGGCUUCAAGGCCUCAGUCUGCGUUACUGUGGUCUGGGGCCACAGAGUGGGCCAAGGCUGGGCUCGAUCAUAAGCCAGAGCGCCAUUUGUGAGCUGCAUCUUGAUGGCAAUUACUUGCAAUGUUCCGGAGCCCUGGCUCUCCUCAGACCCCUGGCAGAGUAUGCAGAGAUGCAGGGGAAAGCCCAGUCAGCCACAUCCUCACCAGACACCGGAAAUCCCCCUCAGCUGCUGCAAGCCAGACAGGGAGGAAGUUCAACUUUGAAUCAGAUUACAAAAUCAUCGGGCACCGUAACAGUGAAAAGUACAUCAAGGAAGAAAAACCGAAAACAAGGAAUCAAGAAAAAAAUGAAAGGUUUGUCUGAAGCUGGUCCUUGGUUAGUGAAAUUGUAUUUGGUGGAUAAUGGCAUAGAUGGAAAAGGAAAAGAAGGAGAAAAUGGCUUGUUGGAAUUCAUUCAAAUUUUAACAUGCCUGAUCAGAUACUCUGCCAAAUUAAGGGAAAUUGACCUUGGAAACAAUGUCCUGGGAGAAAUGGCUGCUGUUAACAUACUUGAAGCCCUGAAAUCAAGAAACACAAGUAAACUGCCAGUGUUAAAAAUUACAGUCACUCCCCAAAUCUCUUCAGACACCUUCAGAUCUAUUUGGAAAAAUAGCAGGAAAUCUAGUAUUACCCAUAAAAAGAAGGAAAAGGCUAAAAACUGAAUAUGGAUGCCAUCUAUUUCCAUGACAGAGUACAGACAUACCCAGAAUGACACUGCUUGUUCUGUAAUAUUUUUCACUGUAACCAAGCCCUUUUGAUUUCUAAAAUUUGAUAAGAUUAUUUCAUUAAAAUUCAAAGUAGUGAUAAUCCUAUCACCUUUGUUGUUAUCUAAAAUGUGAGUUUCACAAUUGGACCUUAGUAAAAAUAGGUGUGAUUCUCUUAUAGGGCUUUUUCUUUUGUGUAUGUAGAAUUUAUAACUUGAAGGAAAUUAUGAUCUUUAUCUAAGUAAGAAAGAAUUUCAAAUAAUUAAAGCUAUACUUGGGAACAACAGGAAUGUUUGUAACUAAUAACCACUUCUGAAAAGACAACAUCCCUAAAAAUAGGGAUCUUCCCCAAAUGAGGAAACUUAUCAUCCCUCUACCCUACCAUGAAGAUGUCAGUCCCAUGGGAAACGGAAGUGGAUGUGGUUAAUCAAUGUAUGCAUAAUAAAUUGGAUUGUUGCGUUUUACAUGUCAUGAUAAUAUGGUGUAGGAAUGAAGAGCAUGGAAAAUUAAGAUUUAUUUUGAAAAUGAAUAGAUGUAGUAUGUUUCUGCUUGUAAAUAUAUAGGAAUUUCUGGAGACUACAUA